CCGCCGCCAUGGCGUUCACGUUCGUCGCCUUCUGCUACAUGCUGGCCCUCCUCCUCACCGCCGCCCUCAUCUUCUUCGCCAUCUGGCAUAUUAUAGCUUUUGAUGAACUGAAGACCAACUACAAGAAUCCCAUAGACCAGUGUAAUACCCUCAACCCUCUUGUACUUCCUGAGUAUCUCAUCCACGCGUUCUUCUGCGUUAUGUUUCUGUGCGCGACAGAGUGGCUGGCGCUGGGGCUCAAUUUGCCAUUGCUGGUGUACCACAUUUGGAGGUACAUGAGCAGGCCUGUAAUGAGCGGACCCGGAUUGUACGACUCCACCACCAUCAUGAUUGCAGAUAUUUUAGCAUAUUGCCAGAAGGAAGGAUGGUGCAAAUUAGCCUUUUACCUUCUGUCCUUUUUUUACUACCUAUUUGGCAUGAUUUACGUUUUGGUGAGCUCUUAAAAGCCGAUGCCCGGUGGACUUGGAUCCAGCGAAGUGCAUGCAGAAAAGCCGCAAGACACGGGAUUUAUUUUCCAAGAAGAACCCGUU